AUGUCCGACAAACACUCUCCAAUCAUUAUUGUUGGUGGCGGCGCUUGGGGUCUCUCCACCGCCCUUCACCUCAAUGCUUCAGGUCACACGAAUGUCACUGUAUUCGAAAGAGCACAGACAAUCCCUUCUCCAUACUCAGCUGCAUAUGAUUUGAACAAGAUUGUGAGACCUGAGUAUGAAGAUCCUUUUUACACCGAUCUUGCCUUGAUCCAGGAAGCAAUUGAGGGGUGGAAGACUCCUCUCUUUGGCCCAUACUUCCAUCAGACUGGAUACCUUGUGACCACAACAGGGGCUGCUCCACCGAAAGCGACUCGUCACCUCCAUGAAGCUUUAGCAACUAUCCAACAUCAUCCAGUCUUCAAAUCCAAGAUUACGCCUUUGGCUGGUAGGGACCAGUUCCGAGACUUUGCAUGGCAGUUCACUGGACCUUUGAGCGGUUUCUCUGGAUACUUCAACAGACUGGCUGGUUACGCGCAUUCAUCUGACGCGCUGCAUGGCGCUUGGCUACACCUUGCCUCUGUUGGCGUGAAGUUCAUCUUGGGCGAAUCAGCUGGCAAGGCGACCGAAGUGCUCUAUGAGACAUUGCCUUCGAGCUCUCAUCUUCGCGUCGUUGGAAUUCGGACAGCCGAUGGCAAGGUUCAUCAGGCAAAGACGACCAUUGUCGCGAUGGGAGCGCACGCCGCCUCUCUCGUCCCUUCUCUUGGGAAAUUCGCCAUGGCUCGAUGCUGGUCUGUUGCCCACGUCCAAUUGACUAAAUCAGAGUGCGACCUUCUUCGGGGAAUUCCCACUACCAACGUGCGUGAUCUGGGCUUCUUCUUCGAGCCAGAUCCAGAGACUCGUCUCUUCAAGCUUUGUCCGCUUGGUGCAGGUUUUACGAACAACCAACAAGGCCUAUCGCUCCCUCCCUCGGAACGUCUCCCAGCUCCUCAAGACUUCAUCCCCGCCGAAGAUGAGCGUAAAUUGCGAAGACUCCUUCAAGAAGUCUUUCCAUGGAUGGCAAACCGACCUUUCGUAGACCAGAAGCUUUGUUGGUUUGCAGACACAAUCGACUCCAACUUCUGCAUUGACUUCGUCCCCGAUACGCAUAAAUCACUGAUCAUUCUUUCUGGCGAUUCUGGUCACGGCUUCAAGAUGAUGCCUAUCGUCGGCAAAUGGGUCACAGAGCUUCUUGCGAAGGGGAAGCAAGAUGAGGAGCGUUGGCAAUGGCGGACUGUAGAUACCCGAGGCGAAGACUGGGCCAAAGCAGUCAGCUGGAGAAUUGGUAGUACCCGUGAGUUGAAAGACUUAAUCUCGGAGAAGAAGCGAUUGGAAUCUGCUCGUUUGUAG